AAAACCUCUCCCAACCAGGCUGAUGGCAGGAGGGACUCUACUACACGUGUGAGUCUGAUAAUUCAACCAACAAAAGGGCCCCUUUACUGGGCGGCUUCCAGCAACAGAGGCAGAAGUUCCUAAAAGCAGCCAGAGGCUUUUUAUGGUGCCCACACACUGCCUUUCUCCUCUGACCCGGCUGAGACUGCUGCUCUGAGAGGAGACCCCCGACUCAGAGAGAACCCCCGCCUGCCGUCAGAGGCUGAAAGGGCCCUGGAGGCUUUUCUCGGUUCCUGUCUAUUCCAGCAGCCCCAGAGGUUCUGAAGCCCUCCCAUGAAUCCUCAGAAGAAGGUGGACCUCAAGCUCAUCAUCAUCGGAGCCCUGGGUGUUGGAAAGACUUCCCUCCUCCACCGAUUCGUGCACAAGACAUUUUACGAGGACUAUCAGACCACACUGGGAGCCAGCAUCCUCUCCAAGAUUAUCAUACUGGAUGACACAACUUUGAAGCUACAGAUCUGGGACACAGGAGGACAGGAGCGAUUCCGCUCCAUGGUGUCUACAUUCUACAAAGGCUCUGAUGGCUGCAUCCUGGCUUUUGACGUCACUGACCUGGAGACCUUUGAAGCCCUGGAAACCUGGAGGGGUGAUGUCCUGGCCAAAACCAUUCCAAUGGAGCAGUCCUACCCCAUGGUGGUGCUGGGGAACAAGAUCGAUCUGGCAGACCGGCAGGUGCCACAGGAGGUAGCCCAAGACUGGUGUAAAGAGAAGGAUAUUCCCUAUUUUGAAGUCAGUGCCAAGAAUGACAUCAAUGUGGUACAAGCCUUCGAGAUACUGGCCAGUCGGGCUCUGUCAAGGAAGUGUCAGGAUUUUAACUACAAUCAGCUCAGUGGAGUGAGUGGGCCCUGCAGAUGGGGCCAACUGGAGGACUGGAUGGUGUCCUGGGUGGUGCAGCCCCGAGCCCGCACAGCAGACCUGGGCAGUGCUGCGGGAAGGAGCCUCAGGCACCUCAGCGAGGGGACUCUGCUCUUUCAGGGUGAGGAGCUGGGGAAGGCCUGUGGUGCGCUGGGCCGGGUCUGCAAGCAGUGGGCUAGGAUCCUCCCCAGCGGAGGGGAAGAUGGAACUGGGGUGUGGAGACUUCCCCAGAGGGACAGGCUUUCACUGGGAGACACUGCCCCCCACUCUCCAGCACUAAUCUUUCCUAAUGAAAAUAUAUAUAUAUAUAUAAAACAAAUAAAAUUCUAAAAGCUCCAAAGAAUUUGCUGAGGGCUACUCAAGGCCCAUCAUCCAAGCUGACUAAGGGUAGCUGGUGCUCUGCUGGCCCGGACACCCUACCAAGGAGCGGGUGAGAAAUGGGGGCUCUUCAAGAAGCAAACAGUGGGAAGAAGGCCUGGGUUCCAGGCCCGGUGCACUGAGCUCUGUGCUGUCAGGCUAACCUACUACUCUCUGUCUGGCAGUGGCAGCGAGUGACGGGGCAUCAGGGGACCUUCUCGUUUGUCUUGGGGGGUGACCAUCAUGAGGGUGCCGCAGGCAGGUCUGACACAGCCUCCUGGGGUCCAGAGUCACCGGCACUAAGGGUUUGGUUGACAUUCACCAGCUGGGCACCAUGGCUGGAGCCCAGGAGCCAUGGAGGAGAAAAAAAUCAGUGAAGGCACAACCGCUCUUCUGGAAAUCGUCCCCGCAGAGGGGCACUUGAGACAGACAGCCCCACAGGGGGCUCUGCCCAGCUCAGGUCCACACCAGUGGGUCCACUUACCCACUCACCUUCACACACACACCACCGGCUGCGGGGAGAACAUGAACGCUGGGAGCUCGGAGACUGGGGGGAGCCUUGGCCAAGGAAAGAGAUGUGAUCCCUCGAAGAAGAGACCCUUCAGUGUGUAGAACCCAUCUCCUUGAGGAAGGACGCCCUCACCCUUGAACCAAGCUGGGUGGGUCAUAGGUGAGGAGUGGCCAGCUGGGUGGGGAGAGGCUUGUUAGACUGAGAAGGGGCUUUCUCUGGACCUCGUUGGGACAGGAGACUUUGGGAGGGCGAGCAAAGAAGCAAAAAGGCCCAGGAGAAACAUUGAGUCUGUUUUAG